CGAGCACCGGCGUCUUCGCCAUGACACUUCCUCGCACGAGCCGCCGGAAAAGCAAACUCGAGCGCGGUUCGCCUCUAGGCUCGAGCGCCAAAGAUGGAGGCGCAGGAGACGCUGGAGUUGAAGGAGGCGGCCCUGUCCUACAUGGACAGGACCGGCGGUCUGCAGCGGCUCAUUGAGGACUGCAGACAGUACACUGAUUCGCAGCAAAGCGAGUCGGUGUACCGGUUCUGUGUCCGUGUGAAUCCUACAGACGUGACUGAGAUAGAUGCUAGGCUUGGGAACUGCAUAUUGCACGACCCACUAAAAGCUGCUGGCCUUUUUCAGUCUGUGUGUUUUAUAUCUAUCAAGACAUUAUCGCUCAUUGAGAAAAUAUGCUCAGAAAAUCAGGUCAUUGUCGUGCUGAAGCUGACACAUGUGCCCCCCUUUCCAGACUACCUCCUGGACCUGAGUCACGUCCCGCGGGGGGACAGUCCCAUGAGGCCCCUCAUGCUGGAGGGGCUGGCCAUGGCGAUGACACUUGUGACGAAGUACACACAGGGGGCCAGGUUCCUGUGUACUGAGGACUCCUGUCCAAACUCACAAGGAUUUCAGAAGAUCCGGGUGCAUGUCCCAGGAGCCACAGAGUGGGCCACAGUGAGGAACGAUUUCACCUGCUCCUUGUGCGGCUCCCCACUGAAAGAGGAUGUGAAGUCCAGAGUGCUGGGUGACAAACAGCUGGUGGAGGUGAUCCAUGCUAAGGCCCUUCGUGUGCUGAGCGCUCACACACUGAGCUCCUCGAGGCAUCAGUCUCUGACAGUCUUUCUGAGAGAUGAACUUUGCAACUCCAUAAAAAUAGGCAGACUGUACAGGAUCAUUGGAAUCCCUGCACACGUACACCAGUGGCCGAAUGUGACUUUCAGCGUGGAAGCUAACAGUGUACAGCCGUGGGUCCCAGAAUGCCCCUCGUUCAUCAGUGAUAAUUUCCAGGCUCUGUUAUCCGCCACUGCCUGUUCCCCAUGGAGAUUUCCUGCCAUUGUGGCAAAUGCUUUUGGAUCUCAGAUCGUUCCACCUGGGUUAUACAACACCUUGAAGCUGUGCCUGCUGCUGAGCCUGGUACAGACUGCAGGGGAGGACAGAGAGACGCUCAGCUACCUCGAUGUCCUGGCUUUGACCACUGACACCCUUGUAAUAGACAGGCUGAUGACCUACAGCCUUGCUCUUGCGUCUCGAGGGGUACGCCACAGGACAUCUGGUGAGCUGUUCCCCUCGGUGUCCAGGGAUGAGCAUGGUACAGGGGCUGCCAGCAUCCAUGCUGGCGCCGCCCUGCUGGCCACCGGAGGAAUCUGCUUCAUCGGUGAUCUCGCCUCCUGCAGGAAAGACAAGGCAGAAUUGCUUCAGUCGGCUUUGGAAACCAGGGCUGUCACAGUAUUCAUUCCUGGGAAGAAGUAUGGAGAAGACGCUGACCAGCAGCUGUCUCUUCCACUCCAGUGUAAUAUCUGGGCCCUUGCUGAUACUGGAGCUUCAACCAAAAAGUUUUUAAAGUAUGAAAAUGCAGCGCUGGGAUCAAUGGAUACUGGCUUCCUUCCGUCGCAGAUGAGUGACGCUUUUGGCCUUGUGAUUCACUGUCGAGAGCUGCCCAUCGAGCGCCCAGCCCUGCCACUAGCAGUGCACAUCCUCAGACAGGCCGUCAAACCUGAGGAGCCUCUCUACCCAGCUUCAGAACAGUUCACUACAGAUGACUACAAAGGGCUUAUUGCUGCCGCGAGGGGAGUGCAGGCCGAGCUGAGUCCCGAGGCAGAGAGGCUGAUCCACGGCUACUUCCUGGCCAGCCGCAGGGUCCGCACUGGCACAGCCCAGGGCCCCAAAGUGCCCGUCGCCUCAGUGAAGCUUCUGUUUUCCUUCGCGGAAGCACAUGCUAAGCUGAGCCUGAGGAGCAGAGUCCUGGAGGAGGACGCCGUCAUUGCAGUGCUGCUCUGCGAGAACUCCAUCACUCUGAAGCACGGUGCCUCUGCGCUCGUUUUGCCCCCUGAGGCAGUAUUCUCCUGUGGCCUUCAUGACCAGGCCUCCCUGGAGAGACGAGACCUUGCUUUACGCCAGCUCCACCAGCAGAUCCUCCAGUUCGUCUUGACAUACGCACCCGGGGCCAGCUCUUACAUUUCAGAGGAGUAGAACAUCCCCCAGUUUCUCAAACACCCCUCCAAAUGCUCAACUGGCUUUUACUGCCCAUUGAAGAAAGAUUGUUACACAAUUUUAACAGAAAUGUUUUAUAGUAAGAUGCACUAAUAAAAGCAUACAUUUUAAUUGUGACUAGAAUAAUUAGAAAGGAAUUUUAUUUUGAAUUGUCAAUUAACGCUAUCGACCAAUUUUCUGUGAUAUUCCCUGUACCUACACAAGGGGAAUAAACUGUAGAAAAACUCA